UAUUUAGAAACACCGGUGACGGGGCUAGAAGGGAGAACGGCUUUCAGUGGAACAUCGGCUUUCUUCGGACCAGGGUCCUCUGGCUCGACUCCGUCCAUCUCUUAUUGAGAAAGGCGUCCAUGUCGUUUGAUGCAUGAGACAUGCCAAGGGAAUGUCAGCGCAUAGCUAACUGCAAUCACAAGUGCAAAGUGACUGUCACGCACAUCGCUCUCGCCAAAACAUCCACACCUCCUAUCACCCGGCGUACAAGCGGAGGUGGUGUUGUCGUCAGAACAGGCCCUUCUCCGAACCUCAACCCGAGCGCGAGGGCUCCGACAGUCAACGGAAAUUCGACGCCGCCACUCAACGAACAAAAUAAGGUGAGUCCAUCCCUUUAUAAUUCGUUUUUCUUGUUCAAACACUACUUUGUUGUAUUAGUGAGCCACUGCCACGUACCCCCAUGACGAUAGGUAGGGUUA